AUGUUUUAUUUAUUUUAAGUCAAAAUAUAUUUCUAUCAUUGGAAAUUGAAUUUUAUUUUAUAAAACAUAUUACUUCCAAAAACUUUAUAAAUGUAAAGAAAUAAAAUAACAAAAGGAUUGCAUCUAAGACUUUCAGUCAAAUUAGAAGUAGACCCUAAUCAGGCAUCAUCUAUGAUACUAAAAAACUUGAUAAGGUGUCUCCAAAGGGUUUAAAGGUGGUUAUUCUUGGAGCAGGUGAAUAAAAUGAUUUAGACAAAUUUGUAUUGAAACCAUCCCCUAAUAAGUUUAGAACACUAUCUACUAGAAAAACUAAUGUUAUCAAUGAUAGUUCUGUCACAUAAAGUAAAUCCACUCAUACAGAAAUUUUAAAGUACUUAUUUCAAACUAAUGAAUUAGAAAUUCACCUGUUGUGCAAGACCUCAGUAAAAAAAUACCUGUUAACAUGGCUAAGGAUAAAGUAAUUACAGUAUUUUUUAAGACUAGGAUGACUUAUAUGCAGAAACUGUUUAUUUGAAAGAUAUGAUAAACAAGUUAACUUAAGAAAACUAUGAUCUUAAAGCAAAAAUGAGAUUUUUGAAUAAAAAUACAGAGCGAAUGUAAACUGUUGUGCAAAAUGUAGGUGGGUAUUUGCAGCAGAAAUACGUUGCCGAUAAGUAGGAUUUAGCUUUGAUGACUAAAUUGGGAAUAAGUGAAGUAUUAAUCUAAAAAUUAUUUCAUUUAGAAUUUAUUGACAAUAACUUUAAAGAAACAAAUCAAAGAGUUAAGAACAAUGAUAAAAUAAUAGAAUGAGGAAAUAUCAAAUUUGAAGCACGAUAUCAAAUACACUAAAAUUUAAGAAUUGGAAAAAGAAAUUAAUGUAUUUUAGGAAGAAACCCUCAGAUUGAAGACACUAUUAGAAUAAUCUUAAAGAAAUGAAUAGAUCAUUUAAAUGACUCAUGAUUUUAAUUAAUUUGAGCAUAAAUUCUACCUUUAAAUGCAAAUCAUAAAUUCCUUAAAGCAGGAAAACUCAUUUUAUUAAGGCCAAAUCACAAUUGAAUAGGAAGAGAAGUUUAAGCUCCAAAAUCAUAUGGAAACUAAUUAAAAACUUCUAAACAAAUAAAAUUAAGUGAUUGAUGAUCUUCAAUAAACUCUAAAAGAUAAAUCGACUUACAUUGAGGGACUCUAGCAGGAAUUAGAUUCUUAUAAAGAUAUAAAUUAAAAUUUAAUCUCAAAAGCGAAUAAAUUAGAUAAUAACCAAUUAAGAAUAAUAGGAUUGAUAAAAAUUGAAUAAGAAUUAAGAAAAGAGUUAUAGUAGAAAACAAGGGAUAUAGAAUAUUUAGAUAAAACAACAACUGAGUUGAAAUAAAAGUUAAAUGAGAAAUCUACAAUAGAAGCUAAAAUAAAGGAUCAAUUAUAGGAUGAAUUGAAAAAGCUUAAGUUGGCUUAUGAGGAACUAGAUGAAAAGUAUAAACAUUUAUUAUUAAUAAAUGCUUAAUCUAAAUUAAAAGAGACUGCUCCCUCUAUAUAAUAGAAGUAGGCUCAAACAGCAGCAACUGUAAAUUUAAAGACUUAGAGACCAUUAAAUUAAUAUUAUACUCCGGAUAGUAUCAAUUAGGAUAAAAAUUAAUAGUAAUAAAAAUUUAAGGUUAUCAAAAAAGAUGAUGUAGAUCAUUUAGGAUUUGAAUUAAACUAUAGAUUGAGAACUAAAAAAAUAACGCUAGCAGAUGCAAUUGAAAAAUAUUUAUUUGACAAUAAAAACAAGAAGACAGGAGAAAUUAAAUUAAAAGAGGUUUCAGAAAGAAUGUAGAAGGAGCCUUUCUUAUUAAUAGAUGAAGACUCAGCUUUAUUGGUAGCCAGAUAUCUUACAGAGGAUAAUUCUUAGGAAUUUGUUGUUUAUAAUGAUUAGUUGACUUAAUCUACAACUAUUGUUAGAAGUAUAUUGUAAAAACUGAUUGGCAAUUAUGAAAUUUUAACAAAUGAGAUUGAAAUCUAAAAAACAAAGGAGAUAACACAAGUAUAUUAUUAAUAUUGAUUAUUAGAUUAUUGGUAAGUAUAAAAAUAGUUUGAAAUAAUAUUUUGAUUAAUUGACAAGCAAAUAUGAAGGAUUAUUAGAACGAAAACAAAUUAUUGAAACUUUUGAAUAUAUGGGUAUCGAUUUAACUCAGGAUUAAUAUGAUUUCUUAUUUUUGAGAUUAUUCUCAUAUUCGAAUAAUACGUAGAUAUUCCCUUACAUAAGAAUAUUUGAGAUCUUCCAAGAGGUUUAAAUAGAAAGAAGUAAAUAUUUAAUGAUAAGGAUAUAGUUGAUAGUGAUAAAAAGAAGAAGUCAAGGAAGAAAGAAUUUAAAGAUUAAGGGGAUAAUAAAAAUAGGAAGGUGGAGAUAUUUACAAGAAGACAAUCUAUGGAAUUAGCGAAUUGA